GGGUGGCAAGGUUGGCCGCAGGUUUUCCGUGGGUGUCCGGGCCGAGUUUGUCCCUCGUCGCAUGCCGGCGGGGGCCCGGGCCGGAGAAGACACGCCGAGCCUGCUGUCUGCUCGCCCGGGGAUGGCGGCCUCGGUGGAUUUUAAAGCGUACGUGGAGCAAGCAUGUAGAGCUGCUGAAGAAUUCGCCAAUAUUUACUACGAAACAAUGGACAAAAGGAGAAGGGUAUUGACGAGGCUGUACCUGGACAAAGCAACGCUGGUGUGGAACGGGAAUGCAAUUUCAGGCCAAGAGGCCCUGAGUGAGUUUUUUGAAAUGCUGCCAUCCAGUCAAUUCCAGAUCAAUACAUUAGACUGCCAGCCAGUUCACGAGCAAGCCACACAGAGUCAGACAACGGUUCUCGUUGUGACCAGCGGGACGGUGAAGUUCGACGGCAACAAACAACGUCACUUCAACCAGAACUUCCUCUUGACAGCCCAAGUCACCCCCACCAACACGGUGUGGAAGAUUGCAAGUGACUGCUUCCGUUUCCAAGACUGGGCCAGUUAGUGGAGGGUGAAAACCCUGUCUCCUUUCUUCUUCCCCCCCUUUUUUUUCUUCUUUUUUUUCAAUUUCAGGUUCUGAGAGCCAGCAACCUAAAGACAUUCUGACUAAAACGCACGGAGAUCUGUUCGAUUUACUUUUGUAGAACCACUUCAAAGCCAGAUCUUCUAAACCUUAAAGCCUUUAGUUACUCUUUGAACUGCCCCCACCCCAUCACCUUCUCUAAGCCAGCUUGAGCACGCAGACUCCUGUCGUGGAAACUGAAGCGUGGAGCCGGGCAGCUUGAUAAACUGUCGACGCUCACUUUUAGCCGGACAAGCCUGCUCCACCUAAGAUCGGACAUCCGAUUCCUUUCGGCUACCACAGGGACUGUUUUCUUAGGCGACCGAAACCCCCGGAGAGAAGCUCUUCGCCGGGCAAGAUUGGUGAAGGCAGGACACCUGCCUCCUUCCUAUCAGAGGAAUAUCACCGGGUCACCUGGACCAGAGACAAAAAGUGCCACGUAUUUUGACCCAAAGCCGAGUUGGCACCCGCCUCAUUUAGUAGGGACUGGAAGGGCGUCGAAAGAUGUGGUGGUUUUAUUUGUUCGUUUGGGCUCUGUUCGUAAUCGCUCACUAAUUAUUGCUGCAUAUUGCUGCGUAUUACCUAAAUCGAAUAGGUCCACAAAAGGAGAAAGUUCUCCAUUGGUGCCUAGACCCCGUAAUAGGUGAAAAAGUAGUUUUGUUGGUUUUUUGUUUCCCCAAAGUCUUUGUCCCAGCCUCCAAGUGGGUCUCGUUUCUUCCGGAAUGCAUUACUGGCUGCUUGCCCGCCUGCCGGCAGGGUUCUGAACAAAAUUAGGGGCGAGGAGGGGAAUAGGCUCAGUGAAGGGCUCCGAAGUCAAGGACCAAGUGAGAGCCGCUUUAAAACUGUUGAUGCUUUCUCCUGCCUCGUAGCAAAAUUCAGUACUGGAGAAUUUAAGUCUGUGAGGUAGCUAGCUAUAUUGUUAUUGUUUGAUGUAAACCUUCUCUCAGAGAAGGUUUGCAACAUCUGAAGGGCCACGUAAGCCUCUUAAGUUGCUACUCAUGACCCUAGUUUGAAUCUGGGGCCUGCUUAUUUCGACAAAAGGAUAGGAUGCCGCAUAAUCAAAGCAAAUGUUUGGGAAGCAUCCCUAUGGUUGCCUUCUAACUGCAUUGACCCCCCUUUUCCAAAGUGGUUCUUUACACCAAACAUCCAUUAUUUUUUGCCUGGUUUACAGCUAUUUUUGUUUGCUAAAAAAAAAGACACCCUCUAAUAAAUCGUGUCUGUCAGUGUCAGAUUUGUGUCCUAAGGAUGCACGUGGACAAAUGGUUCUGUUUCAAACCAGUGUGUUGGUUCUGUUCACAGUAGAGGAAAUGCACAGGAACAACUGUCUUUUAAUAAGCUCAUCGUUUUCACUAUACAGUAGAUUGUGAAACAGUGGAGAAUGGCAACCUGCAGAUCUGAAAGAGCAAAGUGGUCGAUUUGACUGGAACAGUGGUAAACUGUUGCCUCUUCCCCCUUUCCCUCCCACCUUUUUCCCUUACCUGAAAACGUUCACAGGUAAAGCCGGCUUUUCUUGAUUCAUCGGAGCAUUUUGGGGGAGCUGUGUGAUAUAAGCUUUCCCCUUGACUACUUUGCUCAUCUUACAAGAAAGCUUUCUUCACAUUUUAUAAGCUGUUUUGGGAGGAAAAUGGCUGCUAUUAGGAGUUUGUGUGGAGGGUAGGUUUCUGCAACCCAUCUGAGGCCUGUGAUCAUGUUGGCUCAGAUGAUCCGGCUAGAAAUUUAGGCACUCGAUUCCGCACAGUCUGUCUGUACCUGUCUUGGCGCUGGCAUUUAAUUUUUAAAGGCUCCAAACUGUCGAAGCAGCAGUUAACACGCUUAAACAGUACCCACCCGGUUGAAAAGGGCCACAGAUGGAAAGAACUCCAGCAAGCCGAAAUGCCAGGAGUCAAAGUAGGGUCACUGAGGACUGGCGUGAAAAAUAGUGCUGAAAAAUGGUAUUUCUGUAGGGUUUUUUUGUUAGGAUUUGUUUUCCACGAGGCAUGUCUGGUUUAAUUUUUAUAUUUAAGAAUAUAGAAGCUCACUGUUUUGGGAAAGCCAAAGUCAUUGUGAAAGAACCUAGUUUCUGCUUUGUGUGGGUGAACUAGACCAUCUCUUGAAUGUACCUUUUUAAAAGAUGUUUUAAGGUAGGUUUUUUUUUUUUAAGGAGGAUCAGAUUGAGGGUUUGUUUUUUUUGUAUUGCAAAAACUUUUCAGGAUAUUAAAGUGCUGAGAAUGA